AUGCCUCCGAAGAAGAAGACAACCACUCCGGCUGCGCCCACCGCUCAGCCCUCACAACCCAAGGCCACCGCCGCUAAGACCGCGGCUCCCAAAGCGCCUGAAAAGGCGGCGCCAAAGGCCGCCCCCAAGACUGAGCCCAAGAAGGAGGCGAAGGAUAAGCCGAAAGCGACCACAACUCAGACCAAACCCAAGGCUGUGACACAACCGAAGACGUCAGCCAAAGGCCAGCCCUCGGCCGCGAAGGCAAAGGCGAAGGCAUUGAAUGCGUCGAAGAAAGUGACGAAAGGAAACUUCCUGAAGAAGUCGCGCAAAAUCCGGACAACCGUUCACUUCCAUAGACCACACGUCAAGCAUUUGCCGCGGAAUCCGAAGUACCCGCGAAAGAGUGUCCCUCACAGACCACGUCUCGACAAGUACUCAAUCAUUAAGCAUCCGCUGACCACUGAGUCAGCCAUGAAGAAGAUUGAGGACAAC